GAACCCUCCGCCAUCAACACCAUUCUUCGACACUCCAUCCGCAACGCUGAAGACACCGAAGACUACCAGCAAAAGAACGCCAUGGCUGUAUCCGUGAUCGACAACAAACUACUCGCCUCAAGCGGUCUCAUGGACGAACCCCGUUUUCGUCGAUUGAUCAAAUUCCAGACGCGUCGUAGGGAGGCCUUGGUCGGCAGCGAACUGGAGAUUCGCACUACGACCAGCUACGCCCUCAUCUCUGAAGACAAACCCAAAGCUGGGUAUACUGUUUACUGCAUGCACAUCCAUCGAACUUCCGACAAUCGCCGCGGCGACGACGAUCAAUGGGUGCUCAAGAAACGAUACUCGGAGCUGGAAGCUUUCCGCCGACUGCUUUUCAAGCGCAUCGAAGACUGGGAAUACGCGGUUCGCAGGGAGUUCACCAACAAGACAGCCGUCGGCAAGCUUAAGACGUUUGCUGUCAUCUCGAACGCAAUGCGACGCGCUAUUUCUCCGUCGUUCCCGAGGAAGCGCAUGCGACCUAACAAGCCUGCGGUUAUCAAGGAGCGCGUUGUGAGACUUCCGAACUUUGUGCGAAAGCUGCUUGGCGUGUACACAGAUCUGGCAGUGUACAAGACUAACAGUCAACUGCAGGCCGGCGGCUUUGCUUCAUCUUGGGCUCAGCUGUGUACGAUUUUCUCCGAACUCGAGGCGUUCCUCGAGAUCCCACAGCCUCAAAAAGACGCGGAGAUCCAGCGACAGUCUGCUGUGUUGUCUCUGAGAGACUUCAACGAUAGCACCGGCACAGUAGACGAAGAUGUCUCGGAUCAGUCGUGUUCUAUUUGCCUUAACGAGGACCCAGUUGCAGACGAAUCGAGGCCAGUGGUCGCAUUACCUUGCGGACACCACUUCCAUGAAGACUGCGUGAUCGACUGGUUCAGUACGAGCCCCACAUGCCCACUUUGCCGCCGUAGUUCUUAUGCAUGAUUAACCGCACACAAAGAGCUCAUGCGUGUAAUAAGUCAAGUUGCCUGGUGUCAAUAAUGAUGGUGGUCUCCACGAAAACUAACAGUCUAGUUAACAUGCUCACGCCACUCGAGCAAUAAGCUUUACCAUUCCUCCCAGAUAUAGGCCGCUACUCCGCGCACGACAUAUGCCUCUUCCUCUGCGAUCACCAAAGUUGUGUCCCUGGGAAACGAUAUACAAGACUUUAUGCAGGAUUUCGCUCCAACUGAGCGCAGCUACGAAUAAUUGCACUUGACGACAACGAACACCAGUACUAAGCUAGGUAACUACCACUUGAUAGUCGAACAGGUCGACUUCCCUUCACUUCUCAUCCACGUUGGUAUCUGUGUGAAUAAAUCAACCUAGCG